AUGGCUACUUCCCUCUCCUUCCCCAUUUUCCCCACAACCUCUACCUUCACGUUCAAAGUAUCCGCCUCCGCCACCACCGUGACCGCCUCCGCCACCAAGGUGGCUCCCGCCGUCAUUGUCGGCGGUGGAAGAGUGGGGCAGGCCCUGCAGGACAUGGGCAGCGGACAAGACCUCCUUGUUCGCCGCGGAGAGACCGUACCACUGAACUUUGAGGGUCCCAUUUUGGUGUGCACGAGAAACGAUGAUCUUGAAGCCGUGCUUCAAUCCACUCCUUCUUCCAGAUGGGAUGAUUUGGUGUUCUUCCAGAAUGGAAUGCUGGAGCCGUGGCUUCAGAGCAAAGGCUUGGGUGAUGCAAACCAGGUGUUGGCUUAUUUUGCUGUGUCGAAACUUGGAGAGCCCCCUAUUGAUGGCAUCACUGACACCAAUCCUGAAGGCCUCACUGCUGCAUAUGGAAAGUGGGCCUCUGUUGUUGCUGCCAGGUUAAAUGCUGGAGGCCUCUCUUGCAAGGUUCUUAACAAGGAGGAGUUUCAAAAGCAGAUGCUGGAGAAGCUUAUAUGGAUAUGCUCCGUAAUGCUUGUUGGAGCACGCCAUGGUGGGGUUUCUGUUGGUGUUGUGGAAAAGGAAUUCCGCAAUGAAUUGUCUAGUCUUAUAACAGAACUGGCAUCAGCAGCAGCAAGUGACAAGGGGUUAACAUUUGAAGAAGCAAUGGAAGAGAGGUUGUGUGCAUAUUCCCGAGCUGUAGCCCACUUUCCCACAGCAGUUAAGGAGUUCAAAUGGAGGAAUGGUUGGUUUUAUUCUCUCUCUGAGAAGGCUAUGGCCCAAGGCAAGCCAGACCCAUGCCCUUUGCAUUCCCAAUGGCUAAAAGAGUUGAGAAUUGUAUGA